AUGGCCAAACAAAUGUCUGAUGUCUGCCUUCCUGAUAAUCUUGAAAUCGUCCUGCUUCAGGACGAGACCUCGUCCGCCAUUAAACGUUCCAUACCAGUUACCACAGCCAGCAUUGCGGCGGCCAUUACCAUGCUUCCCUUCCUCCUCUUCGUCCUGCACUUCAUCCCAUCAUCUUUCUCCUCCUCCUCCCCCAUCACCCUCCCCGGCUGCCCCGACAGCUGUGGCAACGUCACUAUCCCCUACCCCUUCGGUACCAAACCCGGCUGCCACCUCCCCGGCUUCCUCAUCACCUGUAAAAACUCCUCCUUUCCUAAGCCCACCAUCUCCGCCGUCUCAGGCGACAUCGAACUCUCCUCCGUCUCUGUCUCCACCUCAAACGCCACCGUCUUCUACCCCAUCACCCGCAGCUGCUUACCCUCCGGCCAAGCCAAUUCUUCCAUCGACAUCUCCAACCUCCCCUUCUCCCUCUCCUCCACCCGCAACAAAUUCACGGCCGUCGGCUGCGACGCCGUGGCCUUAUAUGCCGCAAGCAAAUCCUCUAAGAGAGAUACCACCUUUGCCGGCGGGUGCCUUCCCUUCUGCAACAGCGCCGACAUGAUUUCAAAUGGGACUUGUAAUGGCAACGGAUGCUGCCAGACCGCUAUACCCACUGGGCUACAGAGGAUUUUUACCACUCUGAAGACCGAUGCAAGUAAUUCAGUUAAUUCGAGUGACUGUAGCUAUGCUUUCUUUGUGGAACAGGAGCAGUUCGUAUUCAAUCCUUCCUAUAUAACGAACUUUUCUGCAACUUCUGUGCCUUUGGCGCUGGACUGGGUUGUUCAGAAUGGCACCUGUGCUAAGGGGAACACCAAGUGUGGGAUCAAUGCUUAUUGCUCUGAUUCUACCAUCUUGUCGGGGUACAUCUGUUCCUGCAACAAUGGAUUCUCCGGGAAUCCUUAUCUCGCUAAUGGAUGCCAAGACAUCAAUGAAUGCCUGGAUCCAAACAACAAUCCCUGCUCUUUGAAUUGCCAGAACACACCCGGAAGCUUCGUCUGCUCAUGCCCCCGCGGCUACUACGGGGACGGAACCAAAUCCGGCACCGGCUGCUCCAAAGCCGUCAAACGUUUCCCUCUCGUCCAAGUAGUCAUUGGUAUCGGCCUUAGCUUCCUUUUCAUACUCCUCGCCGCCUCCUACCUCUACUGGGUUCAAAAGAAACGGAAACUACUUUCCCUCAAAGAAAAAUACUUCCAUAAAAACGGCGGCCUUCUUCUCCAACAACAACUCGCCGGACGUCACCACGCCGCCGACCAGACCGAAACCGCCCGCAUUUAUACCGCCGAAGAACUCCAACGCGCCACUGAUAACUACAGCGACGCCCGCAUUCUCGGCCGCGGAGGCAACGGCAUAGUCUACAAAGGCAUUUUCCCCGACAAUAACCGCGCCGUCGCCAUUAAAAAAUCCCGUAGCGUCGACGGCUCAAAAAUCGAACAGUUUAUCAACGAAGUCGUUCUGCUCUCGCAAGUAAUUCACAAACACGUCGUUAGAAUCCUCGGCUGUUGUCUCGAGACUGAAGUACCUCUUCUCGUCUACGAGUUCAUUUCCAACGGUACUCUCCAUCACCAUCUCCAUGACCAACCCGGCUCUCUGUCAUGGGAAGCGCGGCUGAGAAUCGCAGCCGAGACCGCCGGAGCUUUGGCUUACCUCCACUCGGCUAUCGAACGGCCGAUCUUCCACCGUGACGUUAAAGCUGCAAAUAUUCUCCUUGAUGAGAAUAACAUGGCCAAAGUGACGGAUUUCGGCGCGUCUAGAUUGGUACCGCUUGAUCGCGCGCAGGUGACGACUAUGGUGCAGGGGACUUUGGGUUAUCUUGAUCCAGAGUACUUUCAAUCAGGGCAGUUGACGGAGAAAAGCGAUGUGUAUAGCUUUGGAGUGGUGAUGGCGGAGAUGUUGACAGGGCAGAAGCCGAUAUCGUCGGUGAGGAUGGCGGAAGGUAAGAACUUGGGGGUUUAUUUUGUGGCAAGAGUGAAGGAAGGGAGAUUGAUGGAGAUUCUGGAAGGUAGGGUGAGGAAUGAAGGGAGCAUGGAGGAGUUGGCGGUGGUGGCGGAGGUGACGAGGAGGUGUUUAUCGAAGGACGGGGAGGAUAGGCCGACGAUGAGGGAAGUGGCGUCUGAGUUAGAGAGGGCGAGGCGUUGGAGUCAGAGGAAGAGCUUAUGGAGGGCGGCAUCGGUGGCGGCGUCGGUGGCGGCGUCUGAGGAUGACGGGGAGUUGGUGUGUGAUAAGUGUAAGGGAUCAGGGAGGCGUAGUAGUAUUCUUUCUGGUUCAACGGUGUAUGAGGCCGAUCAGUUUUGUGAGAGCCCGGAGACGAGGGAGAGUGAUAGCUUGUUAUUAGAGUCCAGGAACGCUAGCGCAGCUGGAUCUGGUUCUAAUGCAGAUAGCUUGGAUGGGAGGUUUAUGCAGACUUUCAUGGCGCUGGAUAUGCAGCGGUGA